AUGCCACCUUCAGUUGACAGAGUGCGAAGAGACUCAGACGAAGCAUGCAGCGACAGCUUCAAAUUGGAUCCUACAGCUCUCAACAAGCAGCCUGAGGAUGUUUUUGACAUUGUUGGGAAACUAGGAGAAGGUUCUUAUGGUGCGGUUCAUAAAGCCAUCCAUAAAGAAUCUGGCCAUACUCUUGCCGUUAAAAAAGUUCCUGUGGACACAGAUUUACAGGAAAUUAUUAAAGAAAUCAGUAUUAUGCAACAAUGUGAUUCCAAAUACGUGGUGAAAUAUUAUGGAUCUUAUUUCAAAAACUCAGACUUAUGGAUUGUAAUGGAGUACUGUGGAGCAGGCUCUGUUUCCGAUAUAAUGAGAUUUCGAAGAAAAACUUUAACCGAAAAAGAGAUUAGUGCCGUUUUGAGAGACACCAUCAAGGGAUUAAGAUACUUGCAUGGCUUAAAGAAAAUUCAUAGAGAUAUCAAAGCUGGUAAUAUUCUUCUUAACAUGGAAGGGCAUGCCAAGUUAGCUGACUUUGGUGUUGCUGGACAGCUCACGGAUACAAUGGCAAAAAGGAAUACAGUGAUAGGAACUCCUUUCUGGAUGGCUCCGGAAGUCAUUGAAGAAAUCGGGUAUGAUACGAAAGCCGACAUAUGGUCUCUGGGAAUCACAGCUAUUGAAAUGGCUGAGGGAAGACCGCCUUAUGCUGAUAUUCACCCUAUGAGAGCGAUUUUCAUGAUCCCCACAAAACCACCUCCAACGUUCAAGAAACCAGAAGAUUGGAGUGACGAAUUCAACUUCUUUAUAAAAAUGUGCCUUGUGAGAAAACCUGAUGAACGAAAAACAGCAGACGAAUUACUGAAGGAACCAUUCAUUGUCAAUGCUCCAGGACCUCAAGUUUUACAAGAUAUAAUAAAAGAAGCGAAAGAUAUACAGGCAGCACAGUUGAAUAGUAUACAGAACCCACCUGUAUUCGAUGCUGAUAGUUCAACCAUGAUUUGCACACCUGAUGGUCGAACUAUGAUCGGUGGCAACUUGGAUGAAGGAACGUUAAUCCAACACCCAACGAGUAAUGCGUACCAAACUGCUCAAAGCUUAAGAAGCCAAAUGGAAUCAUUGCGUAUUGGAGGCCAAAUACCGCCAGCAGCAAUGAGUGCUGCGAACAUUGCUCCACCACCACCUUAUCAAGCCCAGCAACAGCAACAAGGCAUUUCUGCAUUGGCACAAAAUGGUGUUGCGUUUGGAGCUAAUGUUCCUAGUGGUGUAGUCGGUGCUGACUCCACUCUAUCGUCUAAUACAAACGCAGAUAGCACUUACUUGGGCACGCAAGCAGAGUAUGACAACAGAUUCCAGCAUGCGAUGGCAGAAGGAGACUAUGAUUUCUUACGAGAGUUGUCUCUUGAAGAGUUAUUGACCCGGAAAAAGAAUCUCGAAUCCGAGAUGGAUGCUGAGUUGGCUGAACUACAGCGAAGAUAUCAGACUAAGCGUCAGCCUAUUCUUGAUGUGAUAGCAGCUAAAAAAAAUCGUCAAAACGUGUGA